UUGGAUUGUCCAUCUCCCCCUGCCCGGCUCUUUCCCUGACCUCGAUCGGGUUUCCUCUCGCUCCUCCCCCACCCCACCCUGCCGCCAAGGCCAAGGCCCUCCGCCUUUCUCCUCGCUCGCUCGCUCGCUUUCUGUCUCUGCCUCCGGGGUUUGCUGAUCUCCAAGAGUCUCGUUGGGCGCUUUUUCUUGCACUAGUCGAGGCUAGGCUAGGGUUCGCGAUCGAAUUUGUUUUCUUUUGUUUGUUAAUUUUCGGCGAUGGCUCCUCUACGACGGAAGGAGGGUUUUGGUAAGACCGAGGGGGCCGAGGGUUCGGAUCGGCCCCUGGGCGGCGACUCCUCCGAUGAAUUCGUGGAAAUCGAAGAAUCCCGAUCCCAAAGGAGAAAGAGAACCCCUGGUGGUCUCACCGAGAGGUUGAGGGAUGUUCUCCGAGGUGAAUCGGAUGGGGAUCUGUUGCUGGAGCGGAGGGAUGUGGAGAGCGGGGUGUUGCAGUGGCUCCGUGCUCUGGAUCUCCAGGUUCUUGGUGCCUGCCGUGCCGAUGAGAGGCUCAGGCCCCUGCCGAAACUCAACGUCUCGACCGGCGCUGCUGAAGACCGGAUCACUACACAGCUAAGCCAGCAUUUUGAAGUGUCAGAAGUUGGAAUGCUAGCCAGGUGUUUGUGCACUCCACUGGUUUCUAUUCGUGUAGGAAAGGUUAACAAACAGGGGAUCCUUCUAUAUCCAACUUCAACUAGGGGACGUUUGAAUCUUACUCUCCUGCCUUCGUCUAAAAUGCACUUCUCAUUCACUGGGGAUGAUGGUUGUACUGAGAGGCUGGCUGUAGUGAGCAUUGACUCUGACAGCUCAGAUGUGAUAAUUGAGGAAAUAUCUGCUGAUAGUUCUAGUCGGUGCUUCCUGGUAAAGCUUCCAGGAUCUCUAGUCUUGUACUAUUGGUGCUCAGAGAAGUCAGAGAUCUAUGGAAAGGAGUUGCUUGCAAAGAUGAAAGACUUUCUAAGAAGGAAACCCACUUUAUCCCAUUUAACUGGAAUAUCUGAGUCUCGCAUUAAUUCUUUUGCAACUCAUCUUCGGGCAUAUCUUCUUGCAUCGUCAACCAUUGCAGAAGCUAAUUCAACUGCUUCAUCAAACAAUUUGCUGAGUACUUCCAGUCCACUUGAGUCUGAUUCCCAGUUCUCAUCUAUGGUUUCCAAGUCUUCCCAAUUCCGUCCGAGAGCAGCCCAUACGGCAAGGGUGCAUCCUUUUCACCAAGGCAGUCUUAGUCCAAGAUCAAGCACUUUCAAGGAUGGGAUUCUGAGAACCUUGUCUUAUAUAAGGAGCGGGGCCGGAGAGAAACUCAAGCAGCAUGGGGAGAGCCAUCUCAGCUUAUCGGCCAUCAACAUCCAACAAGUUCCUUCAAUUCCCACAUGUGCAGCCAAUGCCCUACCCACCAAACAAUGUGAAGAUGACAAUUCCAGUGUCAGUGGAUGCUGUGGCUCUUUGCCUCGUUCCUCGCCUGAUAUGCCUUGUUUAGCCUCCUCUCACUCGUCAUUUAAUCCUUUAUCAAUAUAUCUUCCUCCAUCUCAGGUUCCUAUUCCAAGCUCUCUGUUCACACCUUAUUAUUGCUGGUGCCCCCCCUCCCCCUCUUCGCUAGAGUAUACUGUAACCCCACCGUGUCUGCCAUCUGUAUCUACUGAAUCUUUACCUCUGCCACCUCUGUCUUCAUUGUUGCCGGCUGCAGGACUGCCAAUUUCAGUUCAAACAAAAAUGUCUGUGGAUGCUGCUGAGCUUACCUCGUUGAACUUCCCAGCUCUUUUCCCUGAUCCGCUUGUUGGCCUCCCACUUCCUGUGCCCUCACUGGUUACCUUGCCAAAUUCACAACAAAUUCCUACUUUUACACCAUUCAUCUCUGAUCCCAUUGUGCACAUUCCAGUAAUUGAUGUUUGCUCCUCUGGACAGGGUUACCUUGUUAGUGCUGGACCUGCUAUAUCAUCAGCCAUUCCACCUUUGUGUCCGAGUCUUGUAAAUCCUCUCAUACGCGACAGUGAAUCACUGGCGGAGAAGAGCGCCAGGGAAACACUUCGAAUGCUUAUGGCCUCAGCACCAACACCAACGACCCCUCAAUUAAUGAACGUACUGCCUGCAGUCCUGCCUGCAGUCUUUAGCAGUGUGAAUGAGAAUUUUCCUUGCACCGAUGUAAAAAAACACGGUGCAGUAGCUGCUGGUUGUGGUCCAUUUCUUUGUAACAGGACUCUAGCUAUUGAUACUGUUGGAAGCAGCGUAUCCUCCUCAGUGGGGUUGUAUCCCUUGGGGAAAGGGGUUGUUGAUGAAGGUGGCAGUGCUAAGACGGCGAAUCAGGAAGAAAGCAGCGACAACAAUUGCAGCCUGCCAAAGAGUUGAAGUUCAUGAGCGCAGAAAUCAGUCAGAGUGUGGCAACUUGUCAUCAGAUUGACAGGGCUAUGUUGUUUGAGGAUAUGGUUGAUCAUUGUGCAGUGUACAUGUGAAUAGUUCUGAGGGUAGUUGGAAGAGGCGAUGAAGCCUCUUUCCUUUGUUUCGUCCAUCUCGGUCAAGAUAAGGCCAUUUAUGAGAAUUUGUAAUUGACCGACUGGAAUCCUUCUCUUUUAAUGAUGCAAUUAAUUUUGAUUCUUGUGGCUAUAA